AUGUCGACGCCCCGAUCGAAAAAGGAAAUCCCUUCCACCGUCCACCAAACCACCGUCGACCACUUCAAAGCACAGCCAUGGACUCGCCCGACCCUCCAGGACCCAGCAUUCCGCAUAGUCUCCAUGUCCCGCGAAGUAACACAUGGCGGGCAUGGUCAUACACUCAUGGGCAGGACAUGGAACACAGACUCCACAGUCCAGCAUCUGCUUUCGCUUUCACGACCGUCCACCGCCUCAGACCCGUCUAGCUUCCCACAAUCCGAGACAGACAGAGCUGAAGUGAGGAGAUUCUAUACCUUUGGCAAGGAUCUGAACGCGCAUCCGAAUCUGCUACAUGGUGGUGUGAUAGGCUGUAUCCUGGACAGCACGCUUGGUGGUGUCGUAGGUAUGGCGUUAAGCCAGACGGCCGAGACCAGCACCAUGUUCACCGUGCAGUUGAACAUCAGCUACAAGAAACCCAUCAAAACACCGGGAAGUGUCAUGCUGCGAAGUUGGGUCACAAAGGUGGAAGGUAACGGCCGCAAAGUCUGGGCAAAAGGCGUCGUUGAAGGCGAAGGUGGCGUCGUUCAUGCUGUGGCAGAGGGCAUGUGGUUGGGAGCCAAGGGAAAGCUGUAG